GCAGUAUAGAGAGAGAAACAGUGUGUGUAUCAGUGUGCAACCUCUCUCUCUCUCUCUCUCUCUAGACUCUCCACCCUUCUUCCCAGUCAAUAUCUUCCAUUUCUUUUUCUUGGUUUGAGUAGAAAGUGAAUCCAACAAUGGAGAGGGCACAACCUGUACGGAAGUCACACACCUCCACCGCCGAUCUGCUCACGUGGUCGGAGGUGCCGCCGGCGGAAUCUCCUGCCACCGCCUCCGGCAAUACCUCUCGCUCCCAUCAGCCAUCGGACCGUAUCAGUAAGGCGUUGUUUGGAGGUCAGAUCACUGAAGAAGAAGCUGAGAGUCUGAAUAAAAGGAAACCGUGUUCAGGAUAUAAAUUAAAGGAGAUCACUGGGAGUAAAAUAUUUGCAGCUGAUACUGAAGAUGGUAUGCCAGAAUCUGGCACUGCUAAUUCUAGUCCUAAUAACAGAACUGGAUUGCGUAUUUAUCAGCAAGCAGUAAAUGGAAUUAGCCAGAUUUCAUUCAGUGCCGAGGAGAAUCUCUCUCCCAAGAAGCCUGCCACUCUGACUGAGGUAGCCAAGCAGCGUGAAUUAAGCGGGACGCUGGAAAGCGAGUCGGACUCCAAAGUUAAGAAGCAGUUGUCAGAUGCAAAGUGCAAGGAACUCAGUGGACAUGACAUCUUCGCCCCCCCUUCUGAAAUUCCUCCCCGAUCAUUGGCUGCCGCACGUUCCUUGGAAUCAAAAGAAAGCAAAGACAUGGGGGAACCUGCACCACGGAAUGUACGAACAUCUGUCAAAGUUUCUAAUCCUGCUGGAGGUCAGAGCAAUAUCCUUUUCAGCGAAGAACCUGUGAUCAAGACUGCAAAGAAAAUACAUGAUCAGAAGUUCGCGGAGCUAACCGGCAACAACAUUUUCAAGGGAGAUGUUCCCCCAGGAUCUGCUGAAAAGCCGUUGAGUGUGGCUAAGCUGAGAGAAAUAAGCGGCAGUAACAUAUUUGCUGAUGGAAAAAUGGAAUCCAGAGAUUACCGCGGUGGUGUCCGCAAGCCCCCUGGCGGCGAGAGCAGCAUUGCCUUGGUUUAAGUAUGACAUGCUUAGCGGUUGUAUUAUGUUAUUGCAAUUACUUGUUCAUCUUUUUAUAUACUAGUACGUUACCCAUCUUUGACUGAUGAAAGCUCUUUGGUGCUUGAUUAACCUGUGGGUUGUGGAUUGGUGAAUGUGGGUUGUUGUAGAAAUACAAUUUUAGGGUUCGAGAUUUAGUUCAGAACACAUGGAUGGAUGCCUAAUUGGAUUACUUCAAUAGUGGUGUUUCUCCUUUUUAUACCUAGAAUAUGGAUUGUGCUAUAGAUAGCAUUUUCUUGGGUAAUUGAUAGUCGUUAAAAAACAGUAUUUGUUC